AUGGAUCACAAAUUGUUGUACAAGAUUUAUCAUCAUAUUCAAAUUACAGCCAUUCUCUUCACUAUCUUGGUGGAUGGAAUUGUAUGCUUUUACACAAAUUCAAGCGAUUGCAUGCCUCAGAGCUGUGGGAAUGGAUUGAACAUAGUGUAUCCCUUUUGGAUUCCAGGCAGGCAAGAGUCAUAUUGUGGCUCACCAACGUUCAAUAUCACCUGCAGGGACAAGAACCCCAUCUUAAAGAUCUCUGAUGAUGAUUAUAUCAUCAGGGAUAUAUUUUACAUGAAUAAUUCCCUUUUGCUAUCUCAAGCUGAGUUGUAUGAUGUUGGUAAUAGAUGUCCAACCCCUCAACAUAAUUUUAGCACUGGAGGAACUCCAUUCUGCUACGGCCCUGAAAUUGUGGACCUUUUCUUCUUCUACAAUUGCACUGAGCCGUAUCAAGAAGAGACAUAUGCUGUGGAUUGUGCCAGUAAUGUUAGCCAUCAUGCUUUUGCUGUUUUUCAUACCGAACUCCUGGACGGCAGGAACCAUUCGGAACUGUCAUGUCAACCUCCAGUUAGUGCACCAGUAACUAUUGAUUCCCUGAAAAGAUUGUUAAGCAUGAAUUAUACCGAUGUAUUGAAGAAAGGAUUCGUUCUGCAGUGGGAUGGAGACAGUUGCAGCAAAUGCAGGAGUAGUGGAGGGGAGUGCGGUUCUUAUGACAAUGAAUUUGUGUGUUACUGUGAUGACCAUAAACACCUAAAAACCUGUGAUGAAGGUAAGAAUCGUUCACAAAGGCUGAGAAAUGUAAUAGGAAUUUCAGCAGCAGGAGUACUACUGGCAACAAUAAUAAUCAUCUCUGUAGUAAUUCACCGCAUCAUAAACAAGAAACCAGCUUAUAGGUCCAUCUUACUAUUAUUUAAGAAGACAUCAAAAGAAAAUCUGAUCCUUGAAGCCGCCAUCAAGCAAUAUGGAUCCCUUGCCCCAAGAAGAUACAGCUAUUCCGAUAUCAAGAGAAUGACUAACUCCUUUAAAGAUAAACUCGGCGAAGGUGGAUAUGGGAAAGUUUACAAAGGAAAUCUUUUUGCCGGCCGUCCUGUUGCAGUAAAGAUUCUGAAUACAUCCAAAGGAAGUGGAGAGGAAUUCAUCAACGAGGUCGCAAGCAUUAGCAGAACAUCCCAUGUUAACAUUGUUGCUUUAUUAGGAUUCUGCUUUGAAGGUCAGAAAAGGGCUCUCAUCUAUGAAUUCAUGCCUAAUGGAUCUUUGGAGAGAUAUAUACAUGGUGAAACAACGUCAAAGACUGAUGGUCACCUGGGAUGGGCAAAACUUUAUCAAAUUGCAUUGGGGAUAGCUCGAGGACUUGAAUACCUGCAUAGAGGGUGCACCAUGCGGAUUUUGCACUUUGACAUUAAACCUCACAAUAUACUUCUUGAUGACGACUUUUGUCCUAAAAUUUCUGAUUUUGGUUUGGCAAAGCUGUGCUCCAGGAAAGAAAGUGUCGUGUCAAUGCUAGAAGCGAGGGGAACGGUUGGUUAUAUUGCCCCAGAAGUAAUCUGUAGAAACUUUGGAGUUGUUUCGCCCAAGUCCGAUGUCUACAGCUAUGGAAUGAUGCUUAUGGAAAUGGUUGGAGGAAGAAAGAACGUCAGUGUUAAAGCAAGUCAUACAAGUGAAAUAUACUUUCCUCACUGGGCGUAUCAGCAUAUGAUACUUGAAAAGGACUUCAAAUUGAAAGGUGUAAUGACUCCUGAAGAAGAUGAAAUUGCAAGAAAGAUGGCCCUAGUGGGUUUAUGGUGCAUACAGGCUGAUCCAUCGCAAAGACCAGCAGUAAGCAAGGUGAUAGAAAUGCUGGAAGGUAGCUUAGAGGCCUUGGAGUUCCCUCCAAAACCCUUCUUUGGUUCUCCUUCAAGAUCACCAGAGGCAUCUUCCAUUACGAUAGCUGAGUCAUGA